UACCAACCCGGAAGCAGAUUCCCUAGCUCUAGCGUCGGGUGCCUCGGGGUGAGUUUUACUGUUUCUAGUUGGUACUCGCACGCUGAUUCCUCCGACGCCGCGGCCCCCACACCCGGAGCCCAGUGUCCUGGACGCAUUACCGACCCGCACCCGCCAGCCCCGUCUAAGGGAGCCCCGCCUUGUCAGCAGCCGCUCUCCUGCCGGGUCGGGAUCCGCGUCAGUUUCAGAGAAUCUGGCCUACCAGAAGGUGGCCAGACUCAGGGACCAUGCCCUGCCCCUCAGCCCUCCAAAGCCCCUGCUACUCUGAACAUUAAGGCUACGGCACUUUCUCGGCCCUGAAUGUCUUGUUGCACUUUCUGACUUCUGUUCCACCUACCAUCUUCAGAUCUGAUUGAAAGCUUUGUCCUCCCUGUUGGGUGACUGACAGGAAAAUAAGAGGAAACAGUGCCCAGAAUCCAGCCACCAUCUCUCAGACGUUUAAACAACUCUCCAGUUGCUCAGACCCCUUAACUCAACCCUGGAGGCAAAGGAUUCAGAUUCAUCAUCACAGUACAUGCAUACAACAGGCAGAGAGCAAAGCUCGGUAACCACCUUGACAUUGCCUGUUUCUGUGAUGCUGAAGACAUUCUCCUUCCUGUACAUUACAGAGAAGAUUCAAAUUUCCAGAGUUUGUAGGCUUUGGAAGAUGCUCGUUGAACAUUCUGCACUAUGGAGAUGUGUACCUGACACCUUGCAGGCUUUGCCUGCUUAGUGCUUGGACUGUCUGUGACUGAAAACCAGAGAAAGACAGCUGGCAACUGAGUUAUUGACAAUGCAGCCAUUGGAAUCAGUGAUGUUUGAAGAUGUAGCUAUAGACUUCACCCAGGAAGAGUGGGCCCUGCUGGACACAUUCCAGAGAAAGCUGUUUAGAGAUGUGAUGCUGGAAACUAUCAGUCAUCUCGUCUCCCUGGGGUAUCAGCAUUGCAAAUCAGAUGUGAUUUUCCAGUUGGAGCAAGGAGAAGAACUGUGGCGUGAAGAAACUGGAUUUCUCCAAAGCCAGAGUCCAGGCAGGCAAAGUACUAUUAAAAAACAAGAAAUAAUAACCACACAACAUAUCGGCAGGAAGGACACAUUUACAAUCAUGCCAAUGAAAUCGCAUACUCCAGAGGAUCCUGAUGAAAAUAAUGAUUUGGGAGAUUUCACUCAUAGUUCCACAGUGACUCAACAUUUGUUAACUCACAUGGAAAAGAAACCCUACAUCAGCAAACAGUGUCAAAAAUCCCUUAGUGACCAGUCAUACCUUAACCAACAUAAGCAAAUUUACACUAGAGGUAGAUCAUAUGAGUGCCAUCUGUGUGGGAAAACCUUUAGUAAUUGCUCUAGCCUUCGACGACAUGAGAUGACUCACACUGGAGAGAAACCAUACGAAUGCCAUAUCUGUGGGAAUGCCUUUAUUCAGAGUUCUGACCUUAGAAAACACAGUCUAACUCACACUGGAGAGAAACCAUAUGAAUGUCAUCUAUGUGGGAAAGCCUUCAGUCAAUCCUCUAACCUCAGACAGCAUGAAAGAACACACACUGGAGAACAACCGUAUGAAUGUCAUCUAUGUGGGAAAGCCUUCAGUAAAUGUUCUGCCCUUAGACGACAUGAGAGAACUCAUACUGGAGAGAAACCUUAUGGAUGCCAUCUGUGUGGGAAAGCCUUCAGUCAGUGUUCUGCCCUUAGACGCCAUGAGGGAACCCACAAUGGAGAGAAAAUUAUGAAUGCCUUCAGUAAAUAUUCUGACGUUAGAUGACAUGGUAUUAUACAUGUAAUGAAUGUGGAAGAGACUCACACAUUGAAGAAACACUGUAAUAAAUGUGGAAAAUCCUACAGUCAUCCUUACUCAUUUGACAUAAUGAAGUUUAUAUGGAGGAGAAUCCAUAUGUGUAACAUCUGUGUGGCAAAACCUUCAGUCAGUGAUCUGAUCAUAGAUGACAUAGAACUCACUGGAAAAAUAAGGAAUGCAGAAGUCUUCAGCAACAGCUCUAAAGUUUAAAUACACAAAAGAAUUUGCACAGGGGAGAACCCCUAGGUAUGUAAUCUGUGGGAAUGCUUUCAUUUCUAAUUCAUGGUUAAACAACAUGAGCAAACUCCACUUGAGAGAACGCUUCGGUUUGUAAUCACUGUGAACAAAUACUCAGCCAAGCACAAGGCAUGGUGUGCAUAAGAAAACUCAGUGAAGGAAUAACCAUUAGAACAGGUGUGAGAGGGUAAAAACCUUGAGGAAUACCAAAUAAUUCAUCCUUGAGAAGUGAUUCAAUGAAAAAUUAUGAGAAAUCCUUUAUUCAUACAGGAACACUUGUGGCACGUGAGGAUUCAGACUGUACAAAAUGCUUCUGGUAUCAUGAAAGAAGGGAAGUCUUCAGUGAGCACUUAUUUUAUAGUCAACGUUACAGUUCUCGCCCUGAGGAAUAGUCCUAAAAUCAAAGUAGAGAAAACUUCAGCUAGAUUUCGCAUCAGAAAAAUCAGUCUGUGGGUAGGGGGAAACUCUCUAAGAGAGCCUUUUAACAUGCUAUUUGCAAAUAAUUCAGAAUUUUGAGAAAAUAACUAUUCAUGAGGAAAAUGUGGCAUGUAAAUGCAAGAUAGAGUGAUUUGGGAAUGCAGAAUUCAGAAUUUUGUAAGAAAUUAAACUUGUUCAAUUGCUUGUAAAUAUUUAAAUAGUAAACCACGUUACUGAAAAAUCUAAUCUGUUGGUGAAAUUCUAGUGUUCUUUAUGUCGUUGUAGACACAUACAGUUGAGUUGGCACUCCGUGGUAUGUGGGUUAGAGAUUCAGCCUAACUCUGAGUCUUCCCUUUCUCCAACAGCUCCUUUCACACAGCUCAGCCUCACUAUUCCUACCAACAUCAGCUAUCUCCAUCUGUGCCCUGGUGGUGACACAACAGGGACCUUCAGCCCACUUGAUAGGUUUCUCUGUGCUAGGACCCUGGCCUAGCAGGGUUAUGGGG